AAAACAGAAUUGAUUCUAAAGCCCUAAUGGCACUGACCGAACGGGGUACGGAGUUGCUUAUCCCAAUUAUUGGUGAUAGGAUGAAAUUUAUUGAAGCUAAGGAGUCGUUUCCAAAGGAUAUGUCAAACAAUGUGGUUAUUAAUGUUGAAGAAAAUGUUGAAGAUGACCCACAGGAUGGUGUAGACAUGGGCGAAGGAACAUCUGUAAACACUGAACCA